CAAUUUUAAACAAAGAAGAUAAAACUAAAAUUCUAAACUUAGGAGUAACCCAUGAUAACAAAUAUUUUCCAAAAUCAGAGAUGGAUUGUAAAACUUUAUAUAGUGAAGAUAUGAAUCAAAAUUUUAAAAAAUACGACAACAAUAUACACAAAAAUAAAAUUAUCAAUAUGGAAAUGUAUAAACAUUUAGCACAAGAAUUUAAAAAUGAACAAGAAAUUCAGCAAGAUAUAUACAAAAUGGAUGUUGUAUGCUAUGAUGAAACAGAAAAAGAUACAGUAACAAAUUCAAAGAUGCUAAAAGAAAAUAAUCUCAUAAUGAAUAACUUUGUGGUACAUAAAAAACUCAGAACAAGUUUAUGCAGUUUUUUAAAACGUGCUGAGCAGGAAAUUUUAAUUGAACUUCCAAUAUUGCCUCAAAUUAAAUCUUUAAAUUUAGUCCCUCUGACAUCCAAAUAUUGGAACUUUGUAACUGAGAAAAAUCUGGAAAAUAAGAAUGAGUUAGAUUUUUUAUUAAAUACUAAGAAUAUUUCAAAAUGUGUAAACAUAUCAGAGAAUACAAACAAAUUUGUUGAAGACAAACCAUUAAGAUCAAUGGAUAUUUAUCCAAAAUCAGCUCAAAUAGAUAUGUUUCAUAGGAAUUUAAACACUGCACUUGAUAAAACACCAGCAAGAGAAUGUAAAAAACAAGAUAAUACAGAACAUUUACAAUACAAAUUUACAAUGAAGCAAACGAAUCAAAAUAAUGUUAACACUUUGCAACAAUCCACAUCCAUUACAAAGCUGGCUACAUUUAAAAAACAAUACUAUGAUACAUUACUCAAUAUUCAAAAAACUAAAGUGGCAGUAGCAAAUUCCAUGGCAUUAUCAUCCGUGGGGACUUCCACCAAAUAUGAUCCAUGUUAUUCUAGUCAUUUCUAUCAACAACAGUUGUUGCAACAACAUGAGCAGUUAACAGUAAACCCACAAUUUUCAGUGCAUACUGUGGCACGAUCAGGACUAUCAAAUAUGUAUAACAGUCCAUAUACUUGGGUACAAUACAACGAUUGGAAACAUCCAAGAACAAAACAAUUAAGAUUUUCACAAGAGUUUCCACUUCAACUUUCAAGAAACAAAGAGUAAGUUAUCUAGUCAUUACUUUUAGUACCAUAUAUAUCCUACUGUGUUCUUUUUGGUGUACUCCAUUUACUCUUAUGUCAGAAGGAAUUCUGUAUUGCAUUAUGUGAAAAUAGUGUUCCGUACAAAGUAAAAGUAAGGAAAUGAAGCAAAGGGUACAGUAAGGGUACAAUUAAGAGAUGUAGUUAGAAAAUUGAAAAAGAUAGGAACAGUAACAUAAAUGAUUAAGGAAUUGUUACUGACUUCUAUAAAGUUUUCAAAUUUUUGAAUAUAAAAUAUGUUAAUCUACAAAUAUACAUACUUGAUUACAUGAAUGGUCAUAUAAAAGGAAUCAAAUCAGAAUAAUAUAAAAUGCAGAGACAGUUUACAAAAUUACAUGUGUCAAAGAAAUAAGGGUGUUCAUUAGAUACACGAAUAUUAGUUCAUACUAUUAAGUCAGGAAAGUACAGAUUGAAUAAAAUUUCUCAUCCUUUCAUUUAUCUUACACCAGUUUCAAUAAUUAAUAGAACAUUGAUGACUUUAUCUGUAUGUGUAUUUUUAUAUGUAUGUAUCUAUAUUGGUAUACAUACAUAUAAUAAAGAAUAUGUAUAUAUAUACAUAUUCUACCAUAUUUUGGCACUGGUAAAAGAUAAUAACUGUGAGUGCUAGAUUAAUCGCGAAUAGUUUUAAUAAUUUUUUUAUAUUUCGAAAGGUUGCGUGACAAUUUCUGUUCUAAAUGCAUAUACGCAAGAUAUCGUUCCUUACUGACGCCAAUCGAACCUUAAUACUUACAACAUAUUAACAAAUAUACACGUGUUCCUCAUUAAUUAACAUAGAACAAAGUUAUCUCUAAUUACUAACAUUUCGUGGUUUAUUUAUAAUUAACAUAUAAUAUACGCAUUCACGACUUUGUGUAAUAUGCACUAUGCACUAUACAACAGUCGCUUAUUUCAUUAUUUCUAAGUGUAUAAAAUGGCUUUUAAAAGAAUAAACGACAAUACUAACUUAA